GCCAAUCUCAACGAGAAGCAGCCAUAUACUCGACUGACGGAACAUCAGGUGCUCCCAGAAGCGGUCUGGUCGUCGCAGGUCUCGCUCACGAGUGGCAGUAUGGCUGAGAAAUCCGCGAAUGUUAGCGUCCAGGCUGCAUCGGUCCUUCACGAAUCGACCCUGAUUUCGAGCUCCUCAGAGCAACGCACAACCCACUAUGCGUCUGGCAUCAAGCUCGUUCUGACAACAGUUGGACUCGGCUUGACGAUUUUCUGCAUUGCACUCGACAGUACCAUCAUCGCGACCGCCAUACCAAGCAUAACUGACGAUUUCUCCUCUAUCAACGACAUCGGCUGGUACGGGUCGGCUUACUUUCUGACUACAUGUGGCUUUCAGCUUCUCUUUGGCAAGCUAUACACCUUCUUCUCCCUGAAAGUGGUCUUCGUUGUUGCACUUUCUCUAUUUGAGAUCGGUUCCGCGAUCUGCGGUGCAGCGCCUACGAGCACCACAUUCAUCAUCGGCAGAGCUAUUGCAGGAUGCGGAUGUGCAGGAUUAUUUUCAGGCGCGCUGCUCAUCAUCGCGGACACGGUCCCUCUGCGAUCAAGACCGACGUAUACCGGCCUCCUGGGGAGUGCGUAUGGUAUCGCCUGCAUCAUCGGUCCUCUUUUGGGGGGCGUCUUCACAGACAAGCUUAGUUGGAGGUGGUGCUUCUGGAUCAACCUUCCUGUCGGAGUGGUGACAGCCGUGUUCAUCAUAUUAUGCUAUCGACCCGCCACGAAUGCCGCCAAUGUCCUGCCACGAGGAUGGAAACAAGCUGCCUUGCAAUUCGAUCCCUUGGGGACACUGGCGUUCCUUGCCAUGGUCGUCUGCCUGGUUCUAGCCUUACAGCUGGGUGGAACAAGGUACGCAUGGAGCAACGGUCGGGUCGUUGCCCUACUGGUUGUCUUUGCAGCUUGUCUGAUCGCGUUCGUACUUCUCCAGGCCAGAGGAGGGAGUGGCACCACCAUUCCACUCCAAAUAUGCACACAGAGAACGGUCGUGGCCAGUGCACUGUUCUCCUUCUUCGUCGGCGGGAGUUUUUUCAUUCCGGUGUAUUUCAUCCCCGUCUGGUUCCAGGCCGUUCGAGGGACAAGUGCUUUCAGUAGCGCCAUCCGGAUUAUUCCACUUCUUCUUUCAUUGAUUGUCAUGUGCAUCCUGAGCGGCAGUCUGACGACACUCUUCGGUUACUAUACUCCCUUGCUCUGGCUUUCUGCGGUCCUGCUCAGUAUUGGCGCUGGCCUAUUGUCCACGUGGGAAGUCGAUAGCUCGCGGACGGUGUGGAUCUGGUAUCAGAUUCUGUUCGGAUUGGUAUGCUGA